AUGGCGCGCUUCCACCGCGCAAAAGAGCCUCUGGUCGGGCAAAAAACGGCCAGGUUAUGGAAACGGGCUAGAUCCCGUGAUGAAAGGUCGGAGAGCGACCGGAGUGAGGAGGAGGAGUAUGAGGAACUAGACUAUGCUUCUGAUGAAGAAGCCGUCUCGGAGGAGGGAGCUCCCCCUGCUGUAGCACCCCAUACUGGGGGCGCUUUCCCUGCCGGGGGUGUUACUGCCCAGAAGGCGAGUGGUGACGCGGGGAUUCUGGAUCCGCAGGGUAACCCCCUGUUUGAUCCGGAUGACUUGCGCCAUCCUCGUUCCGCUGAGUGGGAACCCCCUGAGCAUAUCGCCCGAUAUAUCGCACUUAGGAUGCGUACGCCACUCUCUAGGGAGAGUCGCAGUAAGCUACGGGCUGAAUGUCCUAGACCUUCGGUCCCAGGAUCGGCGUGUAAGACGCCAGAGGUCGAUCCUCAAAUUGCCCAGUUCCUCAACAAGUCAGGCUGGAAGCAAAAGAAGGGCCUUGAUUUUUCCCUGAGACAUUGUCAAGACAAGAUUAUGGACACCAUUGGCCCUCUGUCUAAGGCCUAUGAAGUUUUGGAAGCCGCCAAGGCGGGUGACGCGGAGCUUGAUAUUGAUGUAGUGAUCGGUUGGGUGCAACGUGCCAUUUGCCUACUAGGCAAUGCUAAUAUGGCCGUCUCCGCUGAGCGCAGGAAGGCAAUCCUGCUUAAGAUUGAUCCUAAAUUGGCUACCAUGGCCGUCUCCGAACCUGGUCCCUCGGCUGAGGGGAUGCUCUUGGAGAUAAUUUCGUAA